AAUACCAUUAACUGUUUGUCUAGAAUUCAUUACGAAUGUUUGGAUUUAUAAGAAUUUUAUUUUCAACAAGCUGAUUAAAAAUGUCUUAUCCUGAAAAUCCUUUUGAUGAAAAUUUCGAUGUGAAGGAAAUAUUAGCAAUUCAUUCGGAUGAACAAAACGCAGAUAACCUUUCAAACGAGCACGAGGAUAAAUUAAAUAAAUUAUUGUUGUGGAUUUGUUCAUCUCCUAAAAUUAGUUCAAUUCGAUUUAAUAAGCUUCUCACAUCCAAAGAUCAGCUUAUUAAUAUUCUUACAGAAAAGAUUUUAGCAAAUAAAUAUAUUGAAAUUGCUCCUAAAAUUUAUGAACAUCCCUCGCUGCCUGACGUUAUCAUUGUUGAAAAGUUAACAAAAUAUACUGACGAACUAGAUAAGAAUUUAAACGAAGUCAUUGUUGAUCCAAUUUGUGGCGCUGCUAUAUUAAGAGGUUCUCAUAUAUUUGCUCCAGGAGUUUUAGGCUUAUUAUCAGCCAGUCAAAUUGGAGACAAGGUUAGUAUUUACGCGGAUCUUACAGGUGAAUGUAAAAGAGGCUAUUUAAAAAAAUUCGAAAAUCCGGGGAAAGUUUUUAUUGGAAAUGGGAUUUUACAUCAAAGUAGGAAAGAAAUAUUUGAAAAUAAUGCUGAACCAAAGGGUUUGGCAGUAGAAGUAAUAGGAACGAUUUCAUAUUGUCCUCCAAUAGAUGAUAAAGAAUUAUGGAAGUAUGGUGCAAUAUUGCAAAAUUUACCAUCGAUAGUAUGUGGACACGUAUUAAAUCCUCAACGUAAUGAUAUUAUUUUGGAUAUGUGUGCAGCUCCUGGAAAUAAAACUACCCAUUUAGCUACAAUAAUAAAUAAUCAGGGCACAAUUAUUGCUCUGGAUAAAAAUAAGUCAAAAAUAGACAGCUUAAAAGAACGCUGCAAAAUAUUUUUUUCGCGUUGCGUUGAAGUUUAUCAUUUUGAUGCAACUGAAGCUGUAGUAGUUGAUAAUGAAAUCAAUCCAUCUGGAAAAUUAAAUUUAGUACCUCCAUUUAAUAAAGAAACUUUUGAUAAAAUAUUAUUAGACGUACCUUGCAGUGCCUUAGGACAGCGUCCACAAUUAAGAAAUAAAAUUACGAAUAAAGAAUUAAAAUCUUAUGUGUCGUUGCAAAGGAAAAUUUUCAGAGCGGGUGUCGAUUUAUUAAAAACGAAUGGUCAUUUAGUUUACAGUACUUGUACUAUUACAUUAGCAGAAAAUGAAGGAAUGGUUGCAUGGGCCUUGAAAACAUUUUCGUGUUUAAAACUAAUACCAGCUGUUCCCAAAAUUGGUGGUUCUGGUUGGAAAAUAUCUUCCCUAACAACAGAACAAUGUGAUAACCUUCAACGAUUUUCUUAUCAAGAUGAAAAUUGCGACAGUGUUGGAUUUUUUAUAGCUCAUUUUGAAAAAAUUGAAAUAAAUAAUCCACAAUGAUUAUAACUAACCGCAGGUAUGAGUCACGAUAGUUGAUAUAUAGAUGAUCAA